GUCAUUCCUGUCGAAUUAGGAGAAGCUUGUGUAUUUUAUAAACAAUUUUCCCUUGUAUCUAUAGAAAUAGGACACAUUGGUUGGGGUUUGCAAAUAAGUGGCACCAGCACUUAUGUUUAUGGUUCAACCGAUGGUCAAGAAACUUUACAUAUACCUAAAGGUCAACCAAAUGGCUACUGGAAGGACCAAGGAAGUUAUGAGAGUAUGAUUAAUGUUUUUAAAUCUAAAGAUUAUAUUAGUUACAAUUGUGAAAAAGUAGAAAACAAUAAUGUUAAUGCAGCAUACAUUAAAAUGGCGGAGAUAAAAGCGAACGGCUAUGAUGUUAUUGGCAAUAAUUGCCUUGACCAUACAAUCGCCAUUUUGAUUUCAUAUAAUGCAAAAGGGUUUCCAACAGAGUUUCUACCUAAAGAUUGGUUCAGUGAUUUGGGCACCGAUGGCAACAAUAAUGGAGGAAGCUGGUCACCAGAAUUCAUAGGACUUUGAUGAGGC